AUGGCCCCGGCCCGCGCCGGCCUGCCCUCUUCGCUCUGGGUGGUCACGGCCGUGGCCGCCACCUGCAUGUCGGCGGCCCGCGGCGAAGUGAACUUGUUGGACACGUCGACCAUCCACGGGGACUGGGGCUGGCUCACGUACCCAGCACAUGGGUGGGAUUCUAUCAAUGAAGUGGACGAAUUCUUUAGCCCCAUCCACACGUACCAGGUGUGCAACGUCAUGAGCCCCAACCAGAAUAACUGGCUUCGGACAAGCUGGGUACCGCGGGAUGGUGCCCGCCGGGUAUAUGCCGAGAUCAAGUUCACCCUGAGAGAUUGUAACAGCAUGCCAGGGGUGCUGGGGACGUGCAAGGAGACCUUCAACCUUUACUACCUGGAAUCUGACCGAGACCUGGGCACCAGCACCCAGGAGAGUCAGUUUGUGAAAAUCGACACCAUUGCUGCGGACGAGAGCUUCACUGGUGCCGACCUGGGAGUCCGGCGCCUCAAGCUCAACACGGAGGUGCGCGGCGUGGGGCCACUGAGCAAGCGAGGCUUUUACCUGGCCUUCCAGGACAUCGGAGCUUGCAUUGCCAUCCUCUCUCUGCGCGUUUACUACAAGAAAUGCCCCGCCAUGGUGCGCAACCUGGCUGCCUUCUCGGAGGCAGUGACGGGAGCCGACUCUUCCUCCCUGGUGGAGGUUCGGGGGGAGUGCGUCGGGCACUCGGAGGAGCGGGACACACCCAAGAUGUACUGCAGCGCCGAGGGGGAGUGGCUGGUGCCCAUUGGGAAGUGCGUGUGUAGCGCCGGUUAUGAGGAGCUCCAAGACGCCUGCGUGGCCUGUGAACUAGGGACUUACAAGUCAGCUCCAGGGGACCAGCUGUGUGCUAGGUGCCCCUCACACAGCCAUGCAUCUACAUCUGCAGCCCAGACCUGCCACUGUGACCUCAGCUAUUACCGGGCGGCCCUCGACCCUCCAUCUGCAGCCUGUACUCGGCCUCCCUCUGCCCCCGUGAACCUGAUCUCCAGUGUGAAUGGGACCUCUGUGACCCUGGAGUGGGACCCUCCCCUGGACAAGGGAGGCCGCAGUGACAUCACUUACAACGCCAUCUGCCGCCGCUGCUCCUGGGACCAGGGCCACUGUGAGACCUGCGGCAGUGGCACCCGCUUUGUGCCCCAGCAGAUGAACCUGGUGCAGACGACCCUGACGGUAGCCAACCUGCUCGCCCACAUGAACUACACCUUCUGGAUCGAGGCCGUCAACGGUGUGUCUGACCUCAGUCUGGAGCCCCGAAGAGUGACCUCUGUCAACAUCACCACAAACCAGGCAGCCCCGUCCCAAGUGGUGGCCAUCCGCCAGGAGCGAGCCGGGCAGACCAGCGUCACACUGCUCUGGCAAGAACCAGCCCAGCCUAAUGGAAUCAUCCUGGAGUACGAAAUUAAGUACUACGAGAAGGACAAGGAGAUGCAAAGUUACUCCACCCUCAAGGCCACAACCACCAGGGCAACUGUCUCUGGGCUGAAGCCUGGCACCCACUACGUGUUCCAGGUGCGAGCCCGCACUUCAGCAGGCUGUGGCCGCUUUAGCCCAGCCAUGGAAGUGGAGACUGGAAAACCAACAGGGCUCCGCUAUGACACCAGGACCAUCGUCUGGAUCUGCUUGACGCUCAUCACCGGUCUGGUCAUCCUUUUGCUGCUGCUUAUCUGCAAGAAGAGGCACUGUGGCUACAGCAAGGCCUUCCAGGACUCUGAUGAGGAGAAGAUGCACUAUCAGAAUGGGCAGGCUCCUCCCCCAGUCUUCCUUCCCCUGAACCAUCCCCCCGGGAAGAUCCCUGAGCCCCAGUUCUAUUCGGACCCUCACACCUAUGAAGAACCUGGGCGAGCCCGACGUAGCUUCAGUCGUGAGAUUGAGGCCUCCAGAAUCCAUAUUGAGAAGAUCAUUGGUUCUGGUGAGUCUGGGGAGGUAUGCUAUGGACGCCUGCGGAUGCCAGGGCAGCGAGAGAUGCCAGUGGCUAUCAAGGCCCUGAAGGCAGGGUCCUCAGAGCGCCAACGACGAGACUUCCUCAGUGAGGCAUCCAUCAUGGGUCAGUUUGACCACCCCAACAUCAUCCAUCUUGAGGGUGUUGUCACCCGAGGCCGCCUGGCAAUGAUUGUGACUGAAUACAUGGAGAACGGCUCCCUGGAUUCUUUCCUGAGGACCCAUGACGGGCAGUUCACCAUCGUGCAGCUGGUGGGCAUGCUGCGAGGGGUGGGCGCUGGCAUGCGCUACCUCUCUGACCUAGGUUAUGUCCAUCGAGAUCUGGCUGCCCGCAAUGUCCUGGUCAACAGCCAGCUAGUGUGCAAGGUGUCUGACUUUGGCCUCUCUCGUGUCCUGGAAGACGACCCUGAUGCCGCCUACACCACCACGGGCGGGAAGAUUCCCAUCCGCUGGACAGCUCCCGAAGCCAUUGCUUUCCGCAAGUUCUCCUCCGCCAGUGACGUGUGGAGUUUUGGGGUGGUGAUGUGGGAGGUGCUGGCCUACGGGGAGCGGCCAUACUGGAACAUGACGAACCGUGAUGUCAUUAGCUCAGUGGAGGAAGGGUACCGCCUCCCUGCCCCCAUGGGCUGUCCCACAGCCCUCCACCAGCUCAUGCAGGACUGUUGGCAGAAGGAGCGGACCCAGAGGCCACGCUUCCCCCAGAUCGUCAGCAUCCUCGACUCACUCAUCCGCGACCCCGAGACUCUCAGGGUCACUGCCACAGUGAACAGGUGCCCAGCCCCAGCUUUUGCCCGGAGCUGCUUUGACCUUCGAGGUGGUGGUGGUGGCGUCACCGUGGGAGACUGGUUGGACUCCAUCAGGAUGGGUCGGUACCGGGAGCAUUUUGCAGCAGGUGGCUACUCAUCUCUGGGCAUGGUCCUGCGCAUGAAUGUCCAGGAUGUUCGUGGCCUGGGCAUCACCCUCACAGGACACCAGAAGAAGAUUGUCAGCAGCAUCCAGGCCAUGCGCUCCCAGCUGACCAGCCCCAAUGGGCCUCGGAGGCCCCUCUGA